UUACACAGACAGCUGCGCGGCUGGAAUUACGCCGUUACGUUUCUAAGAGUAGCUGGUUUUGUCUUGGAAAGCUUUGAUAUAUGCAUUAUAAUGAUAAAAAAAAACGGAGACCCUGGGAAUCACGAUAAGAAAUUGAUAAUUUUCAUUCAAGCGCCAAUAUAGCGAAGAUCCAGGCUUUUCAGGGCCUCCGAGCUGCUUGUCACGCACAUCUCUGUACAAACUUCUGGUGCUUGCGUCAUUUUAUCGAAAGCGAAUGGAGGGAAUCAAUACAUGAAAACACAGCAGGUAUUGGGUCCUUUCAUAUCAUCCACGUUCCUGAGAUGUGGUGAGUCUUAAGUAUGAGAAGACAGAUUACGUGAGAAAUCUAGCACUCGCGAUAAUCUUUAUUGGAUCACCGUGAUACGUUAACUAGAGAACUUUUGGUUGUGGAAGUUUUACAAAGGAUCACUUGAUGAAAAACUUUAUCGUGUACUUGAGAGUAAAAAUUAUCAUUCCCAUUUCAGAGAGGAAUGGGUGUUUCCACGCUAAAGGCUUUCUAAACCAUCAAUUGCGAAUAACUUCGGGGCGAUUUGCAUUUUCGAGUUAAUUGACAUUCUGUAUUGGCUAAGAUACAAGUUUCGCAGACCGUGACACACAGGAAGACGGUUUUCUCUGGCAAAACACUUCUUGCGUCUCCACAGGGAGACAGUUUUCUCUGGCAAAAAUUAUUGCGACGUCUUUUCAGUUCUGAGGAUUCAGUUUACAUCGAUAUGGCUUCGACCAGUUUAAGAAAAAUCCAAUUAUCUUUUUAAGUAUUUUCAACUUCUUGUUUUCCUAACUAACUGAAGCGUUAAAACAGGAAAGGAACGUAUAUUGUGUUUCUGUUGUAUUGUGUACGGUCGUAUUUGUGGUCAAGUAGUAAUUAACAAAUACAUUCAUGUUCUUGUUGCUCGUGGUAAGUCAGUUGUUUGAGACGUCAAAUCGGCUCACAUCGUAACUACGAGAAGCCCUAACAGCGUGUUUUAAUUCUCAACUGUAAGUAUAACACUUAAAUUUUAACCUCACCAGAAACUAAUGUCAACUCAGCUAUAGUUUGAGGGAUGAAUUUUAUCACAGAGUAACUGGAAGCCAGUUUUUCCAUUUUCUUCAAUGCCAUUCCAUCACAGUAUGUUUGGCGUUUAUUGGUGAGGACAUGCCGAAAUAUAAUAAUUCUGUCAACCCAACCUACGAAAGACAAUUGGAGAACAUUCUACAUGUUAGAUAUCGAUGCCUUUGCCUUGCUCGGAGUUGCUGUCAAUAAAAAUUAUUAUAACUGAAUGUAGUCAUGUUCUAGGAGAUUUAUUUCUAAUUUUUUCACUGUUUUUAUUCAUUUUUUGUUCUUCAGGUUACACUCAUGGACAAGAGAAGUAAGCUGAUCUUUUUAAGCUUGUAAUAUGCAAAGUAUAUCAAUUCAAAAAGUAAGAAACAUUUGAAUAUUUAUUCAUAACAUUAACUACUCCUUUCUGUUUGCGAAUAUCGACCAGAGUUGGAGGAAAAUUUAAACGAGAAAUUGGCGUCUGAUCAUUUUGAUGUUAUAGCAGAAGCCAUCACACCGAAAACGUUGGGAGCUUGUAUUACGAACACUUUUUCGAAGGCAUUUGAGGUACGUACGUUGUUAGUGUCGUUUUCAAUUUUUUAAAGUGCUCAAAGUAUUGUGGAAUUGCAUCGGAAUUUCUCUACUUCGCUCUGUGUUCGGCCAGUUGAUCAAUAACGCUAUCCAACGAAUAAAUUCAGUGCUAUCCAGUGGAUAAGAAUUGAUAAAUUAAAACGUACUGCGCUGUCUACUGGAUAGAGCUUCAUCCGGCGGAUGGCGUACCACCCUUCAUACAACCGGUCGGGGCCUGAUGAGACUGGAAACAAAACUGCAACCAAUCUUGACGUGGUCACACGCAUUUCCUGCGCGUAUUUACUCUUUAACCCUAAGAGUGACUGGCAUCUAACUUCUCCUUACAUUCUCACCCUGAAUCACUCAUCAAGGUCACAAGAAUAAUAAAAGUAAAUGGUCACCAACUCAAGAAGCUCUCGAUUGUUAAACAAAUUCUCCUUGUCAACACCUAAGGAAAUGUAUAGAGAACAGUAUGGAGAAUAUGCAUACUGAUGUUGGGGUGUAAAGGGUGAGGGCUGCCGUGUAGUUGCUUUUACUUUGUGUUAUCAUAGGCUCUUUGUAUUAUUUCCUUCGUCUGAUUGACCUUUAGUGAUUGGUUUUCUGCCCGAUAUGAGAAAAAAGCUGAAGUAUAAUUAUUGUGAUACAGUGACAGACAACCGACACGGCUGCGUUUCAUAUUACUGUUACCAUUAAUGUUCCUUUUCAGCUUUUAAAAUUUCCCUCUGCUAUUUUUUCAAUUAGUUUGUUUUGAGUAAUGUUCUGGUGUUCCGUAGCUUACGGUUCAUCCUCAGCGUUCGUUUAUCAUGGGGUAUAGAUACAGGCAGGAAGUUUGGAAUCCACGAGAGAAACAUCUUGAGUGCUCUAAAAACUUCCUUAUUGCACCCUUACCGCGAUAUAGACGCACGGCUAAAAGCACGUACCAAUUCUCCUAUAACGUAGCGGACACAGUAAUCUCGUUCAGGCGAAAGCGUUUCAUGAGUUUUAUUCCAAACUGUAAAAGAAAAACGUUUAUUUUAACAAUUUGUCCAUGGAAAAAUUCGCCUUUUUUAUUCGAUUAACCCUUUAACUCCCAAGUUGUAUUGUUAAUUCUUCCCUCAAGCUGCGACACAUUUCCUAGUAAAUUAGUUACGAGAAAUUGGUGUGAGAUCAGGAUAACAACUUUUACCUGAGUAUUCUCAUUACCUGUUGGCUGGAUGGUAUAUAUAUAGGUAUCUUAUCAGACGUUUUGGUGUGUAGUAUCGCUGAGUAUUUUGACGAGCCCGUAGGCGUCAGGAAUUAUGGACUACUUUAUUGCACAACUAAACUGCAUUGCACUGUCCUAUGCUUUUAGCAUAAUUUUUUCCUCCUCUGAUCAUGUGAAUCAAGGUUAGUGGGUAUCUCAGAUACCAAGCUCUUCAGGACAGGCCUGAUGUUGAAGAACUAAAAAAGUUGGCAAAUUCCGUGGAGGAGUUUACUACUUGUCUCAUUGACCCUCUGAAAACGGACACAAGAGGCAGAGAGGCUUUUGGUGAUUCGCUGGACUUGAUCAUAGACAAAGCUAUCGAGUAUAAUCAAGGAAAGGUAAGUAUAACCAUCCUGAUAGGUUGAUACAUAAGUUUGCAUUUUGGAUAAAGUAUUACGGAGACAUAUCCCCUCGGUAGUUUUGUAAGAAGGGACAUCCAUACAAGUGAUGUUGGUGUUAAAAAAAACUAAAAACCUCGAUUGAUCACUCAAUUUCCACUUCAAACUUUUCUCCUGUAAGUAAUUCGUAAAAAUUUUGGCCACUACCUCAUCGAACUAUUGGUUUAACGUAAAUUAAGCCUUCUGGUUUUUCAAUGUGUCUCCGAUUUCAGUUUAACGUGGUCUACUCCAGUCAUCUAUAAAAGACAAACAGUUGUUUAAUCUUUUUUCUUCAAGUUCCUCUCCCAUCCAGUUGUCUACAACUUACUCGAAAAAGUAUGGAGAGGUCGAUUUGCAGGCCUACGUUCGAGGUACAUAUGGAAAUGGAGAUUGCUAAAGCUCUACAGUCUACUGGAUAUCAUCCUUUUCCCAUUCAUGUUUGCCAUCCUAUUUUUUACCCAUUCCAUCAAUACAUGGCGAAGAAAGUCGAAGGGUAUGUGGUUUAAUGAUAUGAAAACUAUUUUUCUCCAAUACAAGUAUAUUCCGGUUUCUAUCGCUCAAUGUUUCGGUAGAGGAAUGUUUCUGAACGAGAUGAAGAAUUCAGGAACUCUAAUAAUCACAUUAGUAAUUAUAAUUCUUUUCAAGCUUUGUGGAUGUUGUCAAAUGAUCCAAUUGACUUUGUCUCAGGAAUUGUUGGGAAAUUAUCCUCACCCUGACGAGCAAUAGUUACGUGAUGCCAUCGUCAAUAAAUUUGCGUUAUUGAGCAAGCGUGCCGUCAAGAUGGCUGGAUAUUGGCUGAGUUCUUUUUUCUGCGUUUUUAUGGACUGAGACGAAGUCUAGGAUUUCGUUUUAUGAAUUAAGAAUUUAUUGUUUAUUUCGAGAGAAGAAAAAGAAAGCCAGCUAUUUUGAAGCAAAAUAAACCCACAAGAGUCGUUCAUGUUUUCUUUAUUUUGACUGUCUUCUAACACUUUUAGCGACUCCAUCGCAGACACUCUCCGGAAACUACGAAAUUUUUUGUAAGUUCGUUCCGAGCAAUUUUCUUUCUUGCGCGGGAGUGGGUAAUCCAGAGCGGGCAAACCCCAUCUUGCCCGCUCGGAUAGCAAAUCAGAAUACAGGAUUCGCUACGGGCAACGCCAUCUAUAUAAUAAAUGACAGCUCAUAUUUUUGUGUCUGCAGCUAUAGAACUUUGCUUCAUUCUUAAUGCUAUCGGUAAGAGAGGAAAAGACGACUUCAAGAAGAUGAUAGACUGCAUAAGAUACAUGGUACGAAAAAUUGGCGUCACAUCCGCCAACUACUGCCUGAUAACUUUCAAGAAGGGAAAGGCUUUCCAGCACAUAAGGUUCGACGAAAAUGAAUUAUUGAAAAACGGCGAUGAGCUUUUACUUAAAAAGCUUGAUAUUCUGGCUCGGAAUCCAUCCGUUAAUUGCAGUCCAGCGCUACAUGAUGACUUUGAUCAAGCAUCAGAGGCCUUUGAAAACCAAGCCGCUCUCGGUAUCAAAUCCGAAAAGGUAUAUUUUAUUCAUUUUUUUCUUUGUACAACAUCAACUUCAGAGAAACAGAGGGAAAUCUCAAGUAACAAAAUGGUUUAAUCUGCCUCGUGGUCUUUUUUAUUGCCACCCAGGUCAUUAUACUCUUCACCAAUGAUAGGACCGGAUCAUUUGGUCCUCAAAAGGGAAGACUGCUUUUGAAGACAAAAUAUCUAACUGAGACUAUUGGUGCGAGAAUUGUGACUGUCGCCGUUGGAGAACGUCCUCUUGUGGAAGAACUGGAGCUUAUUUCUUCAGAUAAGCAAAUCAUACGUUGUCCAUUAGAAGAUCUGGCUAAACUUGGAAAGAUGUUGCUACGAGGUAAUUCUUGUCGAGUGCUAUUUUAAAGAAUUCGAGAACGCCUAGCAGAACAGCAAUAAAUAUACGACUAACGCUCGUACAACUUCAAUUUUUUAUCCAUGUCUAAGGGCGGUUAGGUUUGUGAUGUGUUCCAUACCACUUUAAUUUCUGACCUGAUUAGGGUAGCCACAAUUCAUUUACGUGAACUAACAGCGUAAUCUGCUUCGCUCUAUCCCUUUCCAAAUGAAGAUUAUAUCACGAAGCUAAUAAUGCUUAAAACGCAAACAUUUUCUGGAUAUCAUUUAAAAUGUUCUCCAUUUUUUAACAAAAAAUGUAAUCCGAUUUAAUAUUCUUAUACGACUUUUAAGAAAUGUAUGAUCUAAUUGACCUAUAUUACAACUGUCCACUUUUUUCUUCUAUUUGCAGAGGUUUACGAGGAGGAUCUUUAUGGUAAGUCUGUAAUUAACAUUGACCCAGGUUGAAUUCUUGGACGCACAAUCCUCUGAUGGUUCUCCAGAUGUUACAAAUUUUAUCCAGGUUCACGUUAAUUCUCGUCCAGCAUUACUAUUACUGUAUUUUUUUUAAAUAAAUUUAUUUGUAUAAUCUGUUGUUCUGUUGGCCUCAAAUGUAAGUUGGUACACUUCUCGGUAGCAAUUGAAGGCAAAACGUUAUUGGCGAAGAAAUUAUUUCUUGAGAAAACAUUUGACCAAGUUAAUAAAAGUGUCACCCGUUAAAAACACUUCCAGUAAUCCUGCACUAAAAAAAAGUGCAAGUGCUAAUAAAUCCCCUUAAGGAACAUGGUGAAUCCCAUAGUGCUAAUUUCUAGGGCGGUAAAAACUUUAGUGUUGUUGUACUUAACUUAGUCGCUUAUAAUAACGCCAGAAUGUUUGAUAAUAAUGUUCUUUCUUUUCCAUGUACAGAUCGAUAUCUUGAUUACUUCACCACACCAUACUUCAUAUUCUUCAGAGACAGCCUUAGCUAUCUGUGUUUGUUGGGUCUCCAUGUGGCGAUCUGUCUCUCGCCAUCUGUUGUCUCCUUCUCCGGGCUGGAGUGGGUAAUCUCGAUAUUCUUUGCCGGUCGCUUCCUGUCCGAAUUUAAAGAAUACGAAAACAGGAAAACGACGAAAAAACUGAAGAAAGACACAAGGCAUUCCGAAAAACAUAGAAGAUAUGUUUAUCAGCAGUCACUUGACUUGGAUUCACCCAUUGAAGUAGACGAUUUCCUCUCUCAGAUGAGUUUCAGCACCUUAGGAAAAUACUUCAUGUAAUUCUAUACAAUAACGAGUGAAUAAUCAUUAUUAAAGUGUUGUUCAUCCAUUGUCACUGCAUUGAUGAAAUUGAGAUUUGACGUCGUAGCCACACGGACAGCAAUUUCUUUUUCAACUCCCUUCAUUAUUUCAAACCAGAAUCGAAACAAAAACCAGCAGACAAAAUGUGACCAAGACAGAAUUUAUACUCAAAAUAUCAGUAAAAAUCAGGCAGAAAAGUGAUGAAAACGAGCAACAAUAUCAAUUAGGGGAUUAUUGGUUAAUCCAAUGCCAAGUUCUCCAAACUAGAUCAUAAGAGUUUUUUGGCAGGCAGUAAAGAGAAUUGUAAAUUAGAUCUCGGGAUUUAAAGGGUGAAAAUAUGGUAAAAUGAUUAAUUCCAUAAAUACACUCGCGCGUGCAUCAUUACACCAAAAUAUGUAGGAAUCCUGCCUUUUAUUUCUAGUUUGCGGUCAUUUUUUUCGUUUUCUUUUUCGGAUGUUGCUUAACAUCAGUUUAUUUGGGUGUUGACGAAGAAAUCAAUCUAUUUUGUCCGAAGGCAAUUCAGUCUAUUCUCUCCUAGUCUCUGCUCGUUUAUCGAUAGCCUUAAUACUUUUUCCCCAGUGACCGGUGGAAUGUGCUGGACUUCAUCAUGCUUGUUAUUUUUGUGGUCACGUUCCUGCUGCGCAUGAUAACUUGGGGUGUGUCCGCUUCUGCGACUGGGAAUCGAGCGUUGGUGAUCGCUGGCUAUUGCUAUGGCCUAAACACUAUGAUUCUGACGUUAAGGGUAUUUGGCCAUUUAAUGGAGGCGAGCAAGGUGACAGGCACAACACACAUAGCUCUUAUGAGCAUCAUUGAAGAUGUGGCCACAAUUUUCUUCCAGUUUCUGGUUGGAAUCCUGGCGUUUUCUCUAGCAAUAAGCAAAAUUUAUCUUGCCGAGGAUUCAUUCUUUUCAAGUGAAGAUAAACUAGAGGCCAAAAGGUCAGUAUCGGCAGCAGGUAGCAUUGCAAGCUCAUAGUUGCGUAGUGAUUCUUGUCUAAUGAGGAUGAGUCACUAAAUAGUCAUACAAGAUCCUCACUGCCAGGAAAGUAUGACACUUUGGUAGCGGUCACUCACGCUUCAGAAGGCUUCUGCUCUGGCCAAUAAGUACACCUUUUCACCAUUUAGAUCGAUUCUGAAGCACUUCCUGCAGGAGUUCCUCAGUUGGCAGAUUGUGUUAAUCAAGGCUUAAUUUCUGACUCGAAAUUGACCUCUCUUCUUUUUUUUCCAGGGGCAACAUGCAGUGCGGCAGCUCUGGAUUAUACUGGUUAGUUAAAUUUUUUUGCCAGAUUGAAGAAAUAUUUAUUAUCAGUGUAUCUUGCUAAUUAUGAAAUACCAAAACUUUGAACAGUUUCUAACGUUUUUUACCAUGAGAUUAUGAUAUCUAGCUUUUAGUGAUUAACUUUUACUUUUACUGGGAACGUUCUUCACCGUCUUGUGUGAAGUCUUAGUAAGUGGUAAUUUGGGUCUAUGGAACAUACGUGGGAUGAUAUUUCUUCUUCAUCAACUCAAUUCUUUCCUUUUGUUUUAGUUGGUGGGUAAUUAUCAAGCAUCUUUGCUGGACGUUGCUGGGCGUGACAGAAUUGGAGCAAUUCAACGCUGGCAUGGAAACUGCUUCAGAUUAUCUGGCUCAAAUUUUGUAUGCAGUAUUCAUUAUUUUCGCUCUAAUCCUCCUUGUCAAUAUGAUGAUUGCUGUCCUCUCCAAUACAUAUGAACGAGUCCAGGUAUGAAUUUGAGAUACUUUUAAUUGAUCGAGAUUGCGAGUACGAAAUUCUUAGGUUAAUUCAAAUUCAGUUUUUAUGAAACUGUUCCAAUAAGGACAAUAGUACAAAAGACGAAAUUCCUUUCCCAUGAGAGGACAAAAGCUUGCUUUGGCAUGGUGUAGGACAAAAGCUUUGAUGAUUCCAUUCUUGUGUGUCAUGAUUCCAGAUUUUUUAUUGAUGCAUGUGUUUCCUUCCACAAUAUUAAUUUUAAACAAAAUAGACCCUGUGAUAAGGACAACGAAAAAGUUCCCUGAUUGAGGAUGUGAUUGUUAUCUUCAUUUCCACAGAAAAACUCUUUGAAGGAGUGGUCUUUCAAAAGAGCGGUGACAAUUCGUACCUACAGGGACUACCAUCCGAUUCCAGUACCGUUAAACUUGGUAUCCCAACCUGUUCUAGCAUUGCGAAAGGGAUCGAAAUACGAACUGCGAGACAAAUUGGACAAUGAGAUAUUACAGAAAAAGGUCAGCUCAAGUUUACUACAGCUUCUUGCGAGAUUCCACUUUUUACCAUUUUCACAUCUGGCGCGCUGAGAGAAACAUUUAAUUAGUAUGUUUCUCUGGUAUCCCAUCAACGUUUUUGUUCUUAACGAAACACCUAAUUCAUAUAAUACCUCUUGUUAUUUUUUUGUUCUUGCCAGGAGGAAGCCUUAGAUAGCAUGACUGAAAAGUUAAAAAUGAUUUAUUUUGCGAAGCAUGGAUCCACAUUUCCACUGUCAGGUGAUGUUCCUCUCACUUGCCAUCAAGACUAUCGCAUCCAGUGUUUGGAGUUGCUAAUUUUACUCACUCUGUGAUUUUAAAGACAAAUGAUUGAAGCAAAGUGGCCGCUUCAACCAUGGUUGAAAAAAUAGUGCAUCGGAAAGGUUCGAGCUGACGCUUCAAUUAUAAAAGAUGUAACAUAGUAAUUGAGAUUGUAUCAUCAACUCCUUUUCACAGAUGAGAGUAAAGUCAACACCAUGCUGUCAGAAACGGACAGGAACCGGGAGAUGUGCAAUCAGAUCGUUAGACAAGUAUUCCCUGAUCCCAAUCAAGCGGAUCAUUGUCCCGUUGGACGAUCGGUAAGUUACCUCAUCACACCAUUUUGUUAUAGUCAUUUCAGAACAACCAGACUCAAUAGGUUACGACGGACCCACGACUGCACAAAAACGAGGCAUUGUUUCGUUUGAUGAUUUCAACAGGCAUGGAAGAGUCAAGGAAUUCAUAUUGAAGAUUACAUGUUAACCUACGUCGGCCCAGAACUUUGCAGCAGUUGUAAAAUUUCACCAAAGGAAUUCCAUGGCGCCAGAUACAAACAGCCGUUCUCCGUAGAUUUCCCCAAAUUUGAGGUAAGUCAGGAAAUUGUGUGAUACUUGUGAAAUAACAACCUGUAUUCACCGAAGUGGAGGUGGAUAUUUGCCGAACCGCAAAGUGGCGAGGUAAAUAUCAACUGCUAGCCUCCGACACUGAGGUGAAUUGUUGUUUUAGUAUAUAAUAACCAGUGAGAUGAUGUAGUACAAACAUUUGAUUUUAACUCAUUUAUUAGUUUGUCCUUGCAACGAUUACAAUAUUUUCAGGCGCAAAUGUCACGCGUGUCGCUUGGAGGAAAAUAUCAAAGGAAAUUCGGAGUUUGAGUAGCUGAUCAGUGUGCCUUCAACGCUAUCCACUGUUUUAGUAUAUAUUAAAAGCGAAUAUCAGUUAAAGCAAUCAAAGAAUCCUUAUCAUCUGAAUGUACUUUAGGUGGUGGUUCAAGAAGGCGGAACCGAGAGGGACUUAGUCGUUGGUGUGGUUCGUGGAAAACAUGACGUACAUAGAGCCGCUGGAGAUGUUCGCCAUACUGUUGGUUAUCAUGCGUGUAAUGGACUUAUUGUUUACUGCGGUGCAUCUGGAAAACAGACUUUUGAAGGUAUUCAGGCUUAAGUGACACAAAUCUCGUGACGUUUUACAACUAGUUAUAAGUUGCGCAAAGGAAGUGUACCCUCUAUGUUCUCUACCAGACAGUGUUUUGGAGUUCUCUAGUAUCUCCGGAUUGUUUCUAGUCAUUAGUGUCGCUACCCAUUAGUGAAACCCUUUUCCGUUUCAAUUUUGUACGAGAAACCGAAUCGAAAACACCCGCAGGAUUGCAAUUUAAUUUCACCUUAGCAACGACCCUCGUCUUAUAUUCUAUCUUCAGUAUACAGUCAGUGACUGAAACCAGCUUUGAAGUACGCUUAUUUCGAAAUUGUGAUUCGCUCAUCGUUUUUGCAUGUUGUAAGCUUGAUUUCUCUAUUUCUUCGCCACCAGGUCCUGUGGUAUAUCGAGGGGAUUUGAUUGGCUGUACCGUAGGUUUUGAUGAGAUACAAGAUGGGAAUAUUCCAAUUUUCUUCUCCUUAAAUGGACAGAUAGUGGCUCAGAUUUUGGUGGAGUUAGGAUCUGAUAAAUUAGAUCUUUACCCUUUUGUUGGAAUGAAGCAUGGAGGAAUUAGAGUGCUGGCGAAGGUUCGUUGAAAUGGGAUAUUUUUACUCUUAUGCAAAGUACGGAAAUGAAACCGUAGUUGUCUCUUUAGUGCACCAAAAUAUUUUUUUCUGACUUCACUCUUGGCUAUACUAGAUGAGAAGACCUAGUGGUCAGCGCCCCAGACCUCGGGCCAAAAAGUCUAGGUCCAAACCCCGGUUGGUUCAUUGUCUUGUGUUGUUGGGUACUGUAGGAAAACUUACAAUCACUCUUUCCACCAUGAAGGGGGUAACCUGCAUUCCAUUUAAAAGAAAAAGGAGGAAUAUUCUUCCCACUCCUAUUUCUGCCUUCCUAAAUAGCUUCCUUCUUUCCCUCCUAACUUAUCAUGUACGUGCCUUCGGGCCCAUUUUAUUAAAAUUAAGUGUUGGUAUUUUCCCUCCUGCUUUCUGCCUUUCAGAUGUGUCCAGGGGAGGUCAAGUAUUCAGAAAGACCGCAGUCCUCAAACGGCUCAGAUGAUGGGUUCGGUACGAUGUUCAGUGAGACUGAACAACGUAUGAUUUUAUAUCAAACGUUUGAUUCUGUGGAAGAGAUAAAAGAGACAAACGAUGCUCUAGUGCAGUAUGUGCACGACAAGAUUAGCGAAACAGCAGAUAAUGUAAAAAAACACAGGGAAAGCAUAAAAAGCAUUGAAAGUACUAUUGAAAUUCAAAAUAAGAAGAUAGAACACAUCGAAAGUACCUUGUCUGAGAUUCUAAACAUUGUUAAAGUAAAACAGUAAAACUGAGGCUACCUGUGGCUAAGAUAAUUAACAAACAUUUUCAAGCUAUUGAAAGUUCACUUCGAGUUUAGCCAAACUUUUGUUACCUUGUGUGUCCUUUUUGACCUUAAAAGGAAUCUCCUCGUUAAAAUCAGAUAAAAUCACUGCAGCUCUUCUAUAUGUUGAUGAACGUUGUCAUGGCAAUCAGAACGGAAGGGAAAAGAAGAAUAUCAGUCAAUAAAUGAGCG